AUGAGGCAGUGUUUUUGCCAGCCAACAUGCCACAUUUUCUUGGACCCAGUCCUGUUUGUGCCCAAACUCCAGCCUCCUGUUUACCUGUUUUUAGUGUAUUACCUGGUCAAGGACUAUACUUGUCACCCAGUAGUGACUCCUCAUUAUUUCAAAACCAGGCACCAGAGGCUUCCCCUGAUUUUGUCCCUGACCAUAGACAAGCUGCUUCGCAUAGUACAGUUACAGAGCCACCAAGCUUUCAACUGCCUACAGCUGGAAGUUUCCCAGUCCAAGUCAGUACACAUCUAUCUCAAAUAUCAGCACGUCAUCAUGUACUUUCUACCAAACCAGAGAGAGUUUCUGUCAAGUCCUCUGGACUUCCUGCCCAGAGCAGCCCCCCGCCCCCCUCCUCUCACCCCCAGUGCCCCCAAACAUCCCAUACGACACACACACGCUGAGCACCAUAGUCCAUUGCAGGCGAGAACAACUUAUCAGAGCAGCUCUCCUGAGAAGGCAGUGUCUCAGUCCUUAUUAGAUGCCCUGCUCAUCACUCCAAUCACACAACUUUCACCACUGCGCUUGAGGAAGAAGAAGAAGCGUCGUAGCGUCAGUGAGCUGCAGUUGCCCAAGAACAAGAGUGAGGAGGGAGAGGAGGCAGAACUCAACAGCCACGAGUCCGCAGUUGUCAAGACUAUGAUCAAAGGACCUGCUGCAACCCAGGGUUACAGUCCACAGAUUGGGUUGAUCACCCCAUCUUUCGGUAUGAAGGGUAAUGGAAGUGCCAGUGUCCCAAGGGGUCCUGUCCCAGCCCGACCUGUACCUCAACCCCACCCUAAAGAUGAAGACUCCCUGGUCCAGAUGGCAGAGCACAUCCCUGCUGGGACUCGUACACCCAUGUGUGCCCACUGCAACAUGGUUAUCAGAGGGCCAUUUUUGGUAGCAAUGGGGAAAUCAUGGCAUAAGGAGGAAUUUAACUGUGCCCACUGCCGUUCGUCCAUGGCAGAUACUGGCUUUGUGGAAGAACAGGGAUCUGUCUACUGUGAACACUGCUAUGAAGAGUUCUUCGCUCCCACAUGCAGACGCUGCCAGGCUAAGAUACUGGGGGAGGUGAUAAAUGCCCUCAAACAGACGUGGCAUGUCUACUGCUUUCUGUGCGCUUGCUGUCAGCAGCCAAUCAGAAACAACACGUUCCACCUGGAGGAUGGAGAACCAUACUGUGAACGAGACUUCUACAGUUUGUUUGGGACUGGUUGUCACGGCUGUGAGUUCCCCGUCGAGGCUGGAGACAAGUUCCUGGAGGCCCUUGGUUACGUCUGGCAUGACACCUGCUUUGUCUGCGCUGUGUGCUGCACCACUCUGGAAGGCCAGACUUUCUUCUCCAAGAAAGACAAACCUCUUUGCAAGAAACACGCUCACACACUGAAGAUAUGAAUCUUGGACUUUCCUCACAAUCUUUAUUGCCAUACAUGUUUUCUUGGUUUGUGGGGUGGGAAUGCCUCUUAAUAGUAGUCAGUUCAUACAACAAUAAAACUCAAGCAAUACUCGCACAACCAUAGUGGUGGCUCUUGCAGGUCAGGAUAAGGGAAACACUGCCAUGUAUGUAAAAGUGAACUUAUUUUUGUCCCAGACCUAUUGUAAGACAGAACAUUAUUUUGUCAUGUGGUUUCUACUAUAAACAGCAAGUAGUAGUAAAACAACUUGUAGUAAAAGAUCACUGUUUUCAGUUUUUAACUAUUUUUCACCAAAAAAUAAUCUGAAAGAAGCAUUUUCAUCUGGAUUUUAUUUGCUCGCAGUGUAUGUGCAAUGGUGCAGUGUACUAGCACUAGGAAUCACCAAAGUCAGACAUUUAAUAAUACAUAGGAUUGUGUGAUCCCAUUAUUUCUUAAUCCAGAGUUUAAGCUUGAGUUUUUCAGAAGCAUGACAGUGGUGAAAUCAUCACGUUUACCUUUGUGGGUUAGGGUUAGGGUUAGGGUAGUACCUAAACCUGUUUUUAUUUUAUUUUCAGACAGUACCAAAAAAUUAUAUUCAUACUAUAUAAUUAAGAGGAGGGUAUCGGACAUUUUCUAAGCAGGAGUUUGUUUUUGUUAGUGUUCAUGUUUGUGUAGCUCGAAUUGAAUUUAACAAUUUGAUCAUCAGCUAUUAUUGUAAGUUAAAGAGAAUAUUAACCAUCAAAUUUCCUGCAUUAAACUUUGUUGUAUUUUGUUGUGUUCUUUGCUGUACAUAUAUAGCAAAACCAUAUUACAGACAAAUUAAAAUACAGAAAUUCUGCAUCGUGUACAAGUUGUUUUAAUACAGGUGGGCUGGAUGUCUGCAGGGACAGUGAAUGCUGUUGCCUUUGACCAGUGCUUAAAAUUAUUUGAACUUUUUCUGUAUGUUUUAAAUAAAAUCUGUGUAUUUUAUUUUCUAUUUGUCAUGUGGAACUGAUAACAUUGGCAAUAAUGUUACUGGUUUCAAAACAAAUGGUCACAUUUUAGUUAUGUUAAUUUGAAACGACUUUUGAGAAAGAGGAGUGGUCUGUUUUUGGAGGACUGAUUUGGCCCUAAAUAUAAAUAAACAUACUAAAUAAUUAAAUGUAUAACAAAAUAUUAUGUAUAUUUAUGUAUUUCUCAUUACUUUGAUAGCCUGACAUAUCUUGACAAUUGCAUAGAAUUGACAAAAUGUUGUCUAUGCUGAGUGCCAUAUAGUUUCACUAAUCAUAUUCAUAUUCGUAUUUACUUGACUUACUAUAUAUAUUUAUUUUGUAAUAACUGCAUUAAUUUACGGUUGAUUCAGUCCUCCAUAGGUUUUAUAAAAGUCAGUAGCUCUUUGUGGUCUGGCCUGCAGGAGGUCAAAAGUGGAUACUAUAAUCCUUUUGUAGCAAACUGUAUAUUUUAAUUUGUUUAUAGAAGGGAGAAGUAUCUUAUCUGACAAUAUGUAUUUAACUGUUUGGGUAACUGGGUUUUUGCUUUUCAGGGACUGGUGCAGGGAAUGGAUGGGGGUGUAGUUUUUUUCUGUGUUUUUAGUAUCUCACUUGACUGUCCACUAACCGUCCCAACAUGUUGAUUUGGUGAUAUUUACUUUUCAUUAUGGCUGAGGGGUACAUAUAGUCUACUUUGUUUUGUUUUCCAUAGCAACAAAACAAAAGCACUCAUAUUCAUUUUCACAUAAUUAUCAUAAAAGAGAGCUGUGUUUUUAAUGUUUGGGGCAAAAGGGGGUGAGUAUGGUGUACAAUGGUAAGAAAAAUGCUUAAUUCUCACCUACAAAAGUUGGAACUGUUAAAACUGAUCUAAUAAAUGAUGUGCUUUUAAA